AUGGCGACGCUCAAUGGACACCAUGACACCGCGGCCAGCGCGCCCAGGAACCCACUGGUGCAUGACCACCCGCAUCCCUUGAAGGUUGCCAUCAUCGGUGCCGGUAUUGGCGGUCUCAGCGCCGCCAUUGGCCUUCGACGCGAGGGCCAUGACAUUACUCUAUAUGAGCAAUCUCGGCUGGCCAGCGAAGUCGGCGCGGCUGUCCACAUGGCCCCCAACGCCAACGGCCUCCUUCGACGAUGGGGUCUCGUCCCCGAGAACUUCGGCGCAAACCUCAUGUGUCACUACAAAGAGCUCCAGCACAACGGCGCCACCAUCAAGGAAAUGGACCUCGCCGGCCCUAACCAGCUGUGGCAGCACCCCUGGCAGCUCGUUCACCGGGUUGGCCUACAUGAGGCUCUGAAGAAGGCUGCCACCGAAACCGAGAGGCCUGGCAAGCCCGCUGUCCUCAACACAGCUAGCAAGGUCGAGGAAGUUGACCCAGCCAAGGGAACCAUCACCUUGGCCGAUGGUACCGUUGUGGAGGCCGACGUCAUCUUGGGCGCCGACGGCAUCUAUUCUCGGAGUCGCAAGUUCGUUACUGGCGUCGAGUCGAAGCUCUUCGGUUCCGGCAAGGCCGCCUUCCGCUUUCUGAUCCCCAAGAGCGUCGCUCUGGAGGACCCUGAAACCCGACCCCUCGUCGCUCUCGACAAUUGCCUAUCCAUGUGGUAUGGAGACGAUAGACGGGUUGUUAUCUACCCUUGCAACCACAACGAGAUGCUCAACUUUGUCUGCAUUCACCCCGAUACCGAGUCGCACGCCACUGCUACCGAUGAAUGGAACAAGACUGGUUCGCUUGAGCAAAUCCUCAAGGUCUACAAUGACUUUGAGCCAGCCCUUCUAAAGCUCAUCCAGAAGGUGGCACCCGAGGAGCUCAAGGUCUGGCAACUGUUGGAUAUGGAGAACCUGCCCACCUGGGUAAACAACAAGCUCGCUCUUUUGGGAGAUUCAGCCCACCCUUUCACACCUCACCAGGGACAGGGCGCCGGUCAGGCUAUGGAGGAUGCCGCUGCUUUGUCGGUUGUGCUGCCCAAGGGUACUGCGCCCGAGGACGUGCCUGAGCGGCUCAAGUUGUACGAGAAGAUCAGAUACGAGAGAGCUCAUAAGAUCCAGGACUAUUCUCGCCAGGCAGGCAAGGACUGGAUCGAUGGCAAGCCCCAGAUUGACAUGAUGAGCUAUACCAAUUACAACUUCGGCCACGACGAGUAUGAUCACGCAGGGGACGUCUUCAAGAGGUGGCUGUGGGAGCAAAAGCAGGACCUUUACUGGAGAAUGCCCAUCUCGUUCGGACCUUUCCCUGGUCCUCGCCAAGACCACCUUGGCCGCCGUCAGCCCGGCGCCGCCCAGCGAACCUUUAGAACCGCGUCAGUCAAGUUCAAGACGUCGCGGACAUACCUCGAGACGCUUUUCCCCACAAAGCAGUUCAAAUUCAAAUCUCCCUCGACCAUCUGCGAGGCAAGCUUCUCUGCGACAACCCUCGACAAGAUGUCUUGGCUCGGCGGCCAGGGAUAUAACCACUUUGGCCUGUAUAUCCACGGCGUGCAAUACACCAAGAAGGACGGGUCAACGAUUGAUGGCACAUUCCUCCCUAUUCUGAUGGAGAGCUUAUGUGAUCCUAUCGUCUCAGGCCGUGAGGAGUUGGCUAUGCCUAAGCUCUUCUGCGAUAUUGAGGUCCACCCCCGAUCGAACUCAUUCCGCAUGAAGGCCUCGUGGAGAGGCGCUACUUUCGCCGAGAUGACGCUCAAGGACCUGACGGACGAUGCACCCGAGAGCGAGGGGGGCAUCAUUGGUGGCGAGGCCGACUAUGGCAUCCUGGCAUACCGAUACAUUCCGGCAGUUGGAGAGCCAGGGAAGGCGGACUGCGAGUAUGCCACGGUGGUGUCACACGCUGAGGAGUCCAAAGAUGUACCAUCCAAGGUGAACAGGGUGCAACGAUCCAAGAACGCUUCGGUCAAGCUGGAUGCCCAGGACUGGGAGUCGCUUCCGACUCUACACCAUGUUGCGGCGGGCCUGGCACAGAUCCCCAUCUACUCAGUGGUUAGUGCCAAGGUGGUAGAAGGUAACGGCGUCCCCAAUGUGGCGGCAUGCAAGCGGAUUGAGUAG